AUGAAUCUGAGAAUUCUUCAAUUUACUCUAGUGCUGGUAAAUGGAAUCCUUACAAAAGUUAUUGCUCAAGACCCUUGCUCUGCAUCAGUGUAUACAGAACUGGGAGAUUUAGCGAAAAGAAACCCAACUUACGUCCAGGAUUCUGUCCCAGUAUGUGACAGAUACAUUGAUCGGAAGUGGUAUAGGGCACGCUUCCACCAGAUGCCAACAUCCGCGCCUUCAUUAGGGAUGUGUGGGACAACGUAUCCCUACUGGAUGGAUGAACCAGGCUCUUCAUGUGUUACUGAAGUUCCAUCAAGUAUAACAGUAGCUUACCACAGCGUUUCCUGGACAACAGUAAUAGUAGGAAUAAAGACGAUACAUGAACCCGAUGUUCAUUUUGUCUGUCAGUUUCAAAGAUUGGCUGACCAGAAUCUUUAUUACGAAAUCACGUGGUAUGUUGACAAUACAGAAGUUUUCCGCAAUCAAACAAUAUCUGCAUCCGAUGCAGCUUUGUUAUCAGGGACGCAGAUGCUGGCUAAAGGCAAGAAGGCUAACUCGAUGAUCCACUGUGUGGUUGGGGCAAAAUUUAAGAUAGGUGACAGUCCUUGCGAAACCAAUCCAAGUUCUCUAUUCUUUGCAGGAAUAAAGGUUUUGACCCCAAUACUUCGCAUCAAUAGGGGUCAAAGUGCAGAAGUGGAACUACAGCUUACAAUACCAUUUAUAAAUCAAAAUGGAAUUCUAAACCUUCCGGGGAACACAAUAAACGAUCAGACUCCACUGUAUAUACAAAUGGCUGUACAUAACAGCUCCUCGAGCGUCUGUGACGAUCCAAAUAGAAGAUCUUGUGAUACUGAAAUCAAGGCUUUCAAAUACCACGAAAGGGAUAAAUACAACACAAAUGAUUGGAAAGUUGUACACAAAAUAAAAGUUCAAAAUAAACACGAUGGUGACUUCAGACUAAUCGACAAACACAUCACUCUGCGUUUUGAUACUGGAUUAACAAAUGGUCCAGGUAGCAAAAUCUGGGAAUAUAUCACGCUUCCAGAUAUACAGGUUUAUAUAGAAGACAGCAGUUCAGCGUGGAAGGGGAAAAAUUGUGAAUCUCACACAGAUCCACAUAUGAAGACAUUUGAUGGAAAAUAUUAUGAAUGUCAGUUGGAUGGGACUUUUAUAUUGUACCGAAACCAAAUCUUCCAACAAGAGGUACAAGAAAAACACCAUAUGUGCCAUCCUGCCUAUUCCUACCCAAGAUGCACGUGUGCUGUUGCUGUAAGAUCAGGAAAAGACGUUUUCAUCGUAGAUAUAUGCAAUACGCAAACGGUCAUCAACUUCCCUUCUUGUGAGGAUAAAGUUUUAAAAGUCAUCAAAGCAUCUGACAAAUUCUACAAGGUCAUUUUACCAACAGGAACGUUAGUGGAAAUUAAAUUUGUAUCCUGGCCGAAUUGGAAUGACUGGCAGUUAAACAUUGACAUUUUCCCCUCACCUUCUGAUGUAGGGAAUUCUAGCGGACUGUGUGGAAUCCUUGAUGAUAAUUACAGAAAUGACUUCACUUGGAAUAAUCCUGAUAAGACAGUGGACAACCCUGAUCUCUACCACUAUUAUAAUCAUCCAAACGGAUUUUCUGAUUCCUGGAGGGUUAAAAAUGGUGAAAAAGACCUCUUUGACAACAAUGUCUAUGGUAGUCUGAAUUCCAUAACCACAGUUUUCGAUCGUAUUUGUACCUGUAAAAAGAAAGCCAACAAUCCCCAGGACGGAGACAUUGUCUGUAGUUACGGUAAUUACAAGAACUGCAAGUUUGCGGUGGGAAAAAGAUACUUCUGUAUCUUAAAUCCUGAAGGGCAGUUGAGAAGAAAAAGAGAUUUACGCCAUUUACAGUCGUUAGCAGCCAGUCAUUUACCUAAACUUGUACUUACUUAAUUCCGUUGUCUCUUGAAUCAGAAUCGAGUAAAACGACAGACUAAUACUGAUGUGAUGUCAAACGAGAAUGCAACGGCCAUAUGCAAUGAAGCAUUUCAAGCAUCGGAUUCGUAUUUGAUGUGUCAGGAGCACGUCAGUGAUCUUGCAAACACGUCAUUGUUUAAUUGUAUUUCUGAUGUCAUGAUGACUGGAGACGUGAACAUCACUAAAAUUCACAUAGAAGCAGCUCUAGAGCAAUGUUCAACUUUUGUUGUUUUAAAUAGUACUUUCCAGGAAACAGAACCAGAUAUAACAUACAGAAUUGAGAGUCUUUGUGAAAACAACUGUAGCGGAAAUGGUAUAUGCAAUUCUGGUAACUGUACUUGCAAUAGUGGGUAUGCAGGAAGCGAUUGUUCCUUUGAUCUGUCUGGUCCUCCGUCAAUAACACACAUCUCUGACUUCGGAUUAUGUGACAGGUCUUCCGAAGCGUGUGAUGAAAUUACUCUAUAUGGCAAAUACUUUCUGGAAAAUAUGAACACAACUUGUUACUUGAGGAGAAAAACGCUGGCUGAGGAUGGUACAAUUUUGUCCGAACAAAACUAUGAAGCCAGUCUUCAAGAAAGGACAUUGUUUGAGGGGUACUGUCCCCUUGAUUACAACACAGAUGACCACUGGAUCACAAAAUUUAGUUUCAAUGUCUCAAAUGACGGCAGUAGAUAUACUGACAACUAUAAUGUCUACACCUAUCAGGCUCUCUGUCAGGAACUCAGGAAUGAUACCGGGAACAUAACAUUUAUAUUUAAGGAUGGUUAUUGCUACAUUAACAAUACUUGUGUGGCUGCUGGAGAUACAAAUAAAGACAAUCUCUGUGAUAUCUGCAAUACUGCAAAUAAUAAAUAUCAGUGGUCAUUCAACACAGGACACUGUUUUAUUGAUGGGAAGUGUUUCAAAGCUGGAGCAAUAAAUGGAACAAAUCCUUGCAGUGUGUGUAACCCAUCUCUCAACAUAACAGCCUGGUCUCCUAAUCCAGGGUUCUGUUUUAUUGGUGACAUCUGUUAUUUUGAUGGUCAAAUUAAUCCAAACAACAACUGUGACGUUUGUCAGUCAAAUAUAUCACAGAAUGACUGGAUAUUCAAUGAAGGUUACUGUCUCAUCGAUGGAUUGUGUGUCAAGAACGGAGACGCACAUGUCAGUAUGGACUGUAAAAUGUGUAACACCAGUGUAAAUAAAAACAUAUGGCAAUUAAAGAAUGGUUAUUGUCUCAUAGAAGAUUCUUGUGUUGUGGAUGGAGGCACAAACUCCACGUACCCCUGUCUGUAUUGUAAUGUCUCGGAAAAUCAGCUCUCUUGGAGCAAAAACCCAGAUUAUUGCCUGAUUGACGGUUUCUGUAUUAAAGAAGGUGAAAAUCUUACAUCUCACAAUUGUAAAAUUUGUGAUCCAAGUGAGAACAAGACAGGUUGGACACUCUCAGGAGGAUACUGUUUGAUACACAACGUGUGUGUAAUGGACGGAGAAUCUAACAACACAUAUCCUUGUAACUCGUGUAACACCUCAAACAGUGUUCACACGUGGUCACGGAAUCCUGGAUAUUGCUUCAUAGACAACAUGUGUGUAAGUGAUGGACAGAGAAACACGACCAAUAGUUGCCUCUACUGCAAUACAUCUAUAGAGCUGAAUAAUUGGUCCAUUCACUCACAUUAUUGCCUGAUUGAUGGCUCCUGUAUUAAAGAAGGUGAAAAUCUUACAUCUCACAAUUGUAAAAUCUGUGAUCCAAGUGAGAACAAGACAGGUUGGACACUCUCACGAGAUUACUGCCUCAUAAGUGAUGCAUGCGUCAUCGAUGGAGGAGCAAACACAACACACCCAUGUGAAAUCUGUAACAUCUCGGUCAGCAACUACAUGUGGACACAAGACACAGGAUAUUGUAACAUUGAUGGAUUAUGUGUCAACGAUGGAGAAAGAAAUGUGUCCAACGAAUGCUACUACUGUAACACGUCUAAGGGACGUAAUGUUUGGUCAUUUAAUUCAGACUAUUGUAACAUUGAGAACCUGUGUAUUGCUGAUGGACAGAAGAAUGUGUCAAAUCAAUGUCUCUAUUGUAAUGCAUCUCAAAGACGAGACAGUUGGUCAUUAAGUGAAGGAUACUGUUUGAUACACAAUGUGUGUGUAAUGGACGGAGAAUCCAACAACACUUAUCCUUGUAACUUUUGUAACACCUCAAACAGUGUUGACACGUGGUCACGAAAUCCUGGUUACUGUAAAAUCGAUGACAAGUGCAUACAAGAAGGAGAAAACCACACCCUUUAUAGCUGCAAAGUUUGUGAUACUACUCAGGACAGAGGCAACUGGACAAUAGCAGCAGAUUAUUGCCUUAUCAGUGAUAUGUGUUUUCGUGACGGAGAAUCCAACAAGACUUAUCCAUGUAAUAUCUGCAACAUUUCACGGAGUAGAUACACUUGGUCACCUAACAAUGCAUACUGCGAGGUAGAUAACAUGUGUAUUCCCAAUGGACAGAAGAAUUCAUCCAGUGAAUGUUUCUUUUGUAACACAUCCCUUGGUCGAACUGCGUGGUCGCUUAUUCAAGAUUGUCCCCUAACAACAAAGGAACAAGCUGAUGAAUCAACAACAACAGAACAAACAACAAGUAUAACUGAACCAACAACAACCAUAAAAACAACUAGUACAGCUGAACCCACAACAACCAUACAGACAACAAGUACAGCUCAACCCACAACGACCAUCCAAACAACAAGCACAGCUGAACCCACAACUACCAUACAGACAGCAAGCACAGCUGAACUCACAACUACCAUACAAACAACAAGUAGAGCUCAACCCAAAACAACCAUCCAAACAACAAGCACAGCUCAACCCACAACAACAGUACAAGCAACAAGUAAAGCUCAACCCACAACAACCAUACAGACAACAAGUACAACUGAACCCACAACUACUAUCCAAACAAGUACAACUGAAGCCAAAACAACAGAACAAACAACAAGUACAGCUGCACCCACAACAACCAUACAAACAACAAGCGCAGCUGAACCUAGAACUACCAUCCAAACAACAAGUACAAUUGAACCCAUGACACCAGUACAAACAACAAGUACAGCUGAAUCCACAACAACAGUACAAACAACAAGUACAACGGAACCCACAACAGCCAGACAAACAAGUACAGUUGAAGGAACUUCAACCAGCAGUAAAUUGAAGACAACUCAGGACAGAACGACCACAUCAUCUUGUGUUGAAAUGAAUAUUAAAAGCAUUACCGUAUCUUAUUACAACGUGUCUUGGAACACAUCAGUCAAAACAGAGGGAGCGACAAAGCGGACCGUACACAAUCCUUCUGUCAAUUUAAAAUGUCAAUUUGCAACCUCUCCUGACGACCAGGUCUUCUACAAAGUGGAGUGGUAUGUUAACAAUCACACACUCAUUAAAUCAGAAGUACUAGGAGGAUCGUCUGACAAACAUGCUACAUUAUCGCUAUACGAUUUGAUUUCAAUGAACAGGAAGUCUGGAAUACAGAUGAAUGACACUAAACUCAGUCUUCCAAGAAAAGGCAAAGCCCAGUCUGGAUUUUACUUAACUGUUCCAUUCGUCACACAAACAGUCAUCUUAAAUGAUACCAUACAGGCGCUUCGCCCCCUGAGGGUUCACAGUAAUAUUAUCCCCAUGUCAGAGAACGGUUGUAAAGGAUCUAUAGGAGUGGAUCAAUGUUCUGUAGAAAUCAGUGCGUAUUCCUAUGAUGAAAAGAACAGGUAUGAAUCAGAUGAAUGGAGAAAAGUACACUACAUCACGGUGUAUCACAUUGACACAGAUGGUUAUAGCAUCGAGACAACAGCCAAUCUUUAUUUGAGGACAAGUGAAAACGAAGAUGGAUUUUUUCAUAACAUAUCUUUAGAUAAUACGUCGAUUCAAAUCUUUGAAGCGAAGGAAACAUGGAAGGGAAAAUCAUGCGGGUCAAAAACUGAUCCUCAUUUAUACACAUUUGAUGGAGUUGCAUUUGAAAGCCACAUUGAAGGAGAGUUCAUUUUGUAUCGUAAUUCGUUAUACAAUCAAGAGAUUCAAACUCGACACGAGAAAUGCCACACGAACUACCCUUUCCCGCAGUGUACAUGUGCUGUUUCUGUGCAGUCAGGAAGUGACGUGUUUAUGAUUGACAUUUGUGGAAACAACAAUUUUAUGGAUUUUCUUAGAUGUCAAGAUAACGUCAUUGAAGUAUAUAAAAUCACGGACAAACUCUACAAGGUUUUCCUUCCGACCGGCACCACCGUGGUUGUGUCUUUGGUUGAGUGGCCUGUUGAAGGAUCCUGGCAGAUAGAUAUAGAUAUCUACCCAUCACUUGCUGACGUAAACAACACUGCAGGUCUCUGUGGAACCUUAGAUGGCGAUAGAGGAAACGAGUUUACCCAUCCAAAUGGAAGCAGCGAUAGUUCGGCGCUCGAAUAUCCAGAUGAUUUUUCUAGAUCUUGGAUGGUCCAGAACGAUGAAAAUCUCUUAAAUAGCGCACCGUCAGAUCGACCACCAAUAUCCCCCAAUCUCGAGAAGAUCUGUACUUGUUCUCCAAGUGGAAAUCAGUGUACUUAUCAGACAUUUUCACAAUGUUCAAAAGCAACAGGGAAGCGGUACUAUUGCACUCAAACAGCAAACCAGAUACAGUCACUACGUAAAAAGAGGGAUGUUUAUUUGAAUAGUUAUCUACCGCCUUCUUUACACGUACGUACUAAUAAGGAGCGACAUAAACGGUCUCAGUCAAUUUAUGUCACAACAGAGGCUGAAGCAGAGAAUGUCUGUAAAUCUGCCUUUAACAGUUCAGAGCCAUUCCAGACAUGUAAACAAUAUGUCAGUGACAUGACCAAUGCCUCUUUAUUGAACUGCAUAAUGGAUGUCAGAUUGACUGGGGAUGAAAACAUAACAGCUAUCCAUAUCGAAGCUGCUCUUAAGCAGUGUGUCAACUUCCUAGAUUUGAAUACCACACUGAAAACAGAGCAACCGGAUGUCACGUAUCAACUUCAGUCGCUAUGCUCAAAUAACUGUAGUGGUCGUGGCAUUUGCAAGGAGGGUAACUGCACUUGUGACUUUGGUUUCGGAGGAAGUGACUGCUCCUUCAAUGUCCAAGCACCACCAACGAUUCUAAGCAUAUCUCCGAAUAGAUCCUGUGACAUGUCUCUGCGCACUUGUUCCGAAGUUCUUCUAGAGGGCAGAUACUUCCUAGAGAACAUUAACAAAACAUGUUUCAUAACCAGACAACUAAUUCACUAUGACGACACUGUCGUGGAUACCAAAGACAUUGAACAACCUCUGGAUGACAGAACCCUAUUUCAGGGGGCGUGUCCUUUGCCUGAUGACAGAAGGACCAAAUGGAUAACCAAGUUCACAUUUAACAUAUCUUACGAUGGAAAACAGUUCACUCAAACAUAUUCAGUGUAUAAAUAUCAGUCGGAAUGCCAGGAGAUCUCUUAUGAUAAGGGUGUUGAGCAGUUUUCACUUAAGGCAGGGUACUGUUUCAUUGAUAACAAAUGCGUAAGAAGAGAAACUUUAAAUCCGGGCAACAGCUGUGAGGUUUGCAGUCCUUCAAGUCAAAAGUUUGACUGGUCAUUGCAUAAAGAUUGUGUUUCAACCACGUUUUCACCAACAACCAAAUCUCCAAUAUCCAGUCCAGCUUUCAUCAUAAGUGUCUCUGCUGUUUCCUUUGUUUUUGUUGUGACUUUAAUAGUUGCCAUUCUUGUCUGGCGAUAUCGAUCGUCUGCUGGACGUCACUUAAAUGAUGAUGACUCAACAAAGGACUUAAAGCUUCAAAAGUGGAGGACUUACUUUGACGAGGGGGGAAAAUUCAAUGAGUUUUACAUACCUAGAGGUCGACGGCACUCUGGUCAGCAUUAUACGAACUGUGAAAAUAACUAUCAGUGCUGA